UUCAGUUUCAUAGAUAUAGGCGUUGUAGAAGUAAGCUCGUCUUCGGUCGGUCGAAGUAUUAUAUUGUAUCGUUGAUUGAUGACGGCUACUAAUGCAUUGAUUAAUCGAGAUUUGGAGCCGAUUCACCCCGUUUACGCCUCCUAAACUAGUGAUAGUGCGCGGUGUCGGGUCUUAUUUCUAAAGUGUAAAGAAAAGGCUUAAAACUGGUGUUCGACAAGUCACUUGGCAAUAUGCCUGCCGUAAGGGGAGAUGGAAUGCGAGGACUCGCAGUCUUCAUAUCGGAUAUAAGAAACUGUAAAAGUAAAGAAGCAGAAAUAAAAAGAAUCAAUAAGGAGCUGGCAAACAUAAGAAGUAAGUUUAAAGGUGACAAAACUCUCGAUGGAUAUCAAAAAAAGAAGUAUGUCUGCAAACUGUUAUUCAUCUUCUUGCUGGGUCACGACAUCGACUUCGGACACAUGGAGGCGGUCAAUCUAUUGUCUUCCAAUAAGUAUUCCGAAAAGCAGAUCGGGUAUCUGUUUAUCUCCGUGCUGGUCAACACCAACAGUGAUCUGAUCAAGCUGAUUAUUCAGAGCAUCAAGAACGACUUGCAGUCGCGCAACCCCAUCCAUGUCAACCUCGCCCUUCAGUGCAUCGCUAAUAUCGGCAGCAAAGACAUGGCAGAAGCUUUCUGCACAGAGAUUCCUAAACUUCUUGUGUCAGGCGACACAAUGGAUGUUGUGAAACAGUCAGCUGCUCUCUGCUUACUCAGACUCUUCCGUAAGUCUCCUGAAAUCAUUCCUGGGGGUGAAUGGACGUCUAGAAUAAUUCACUUGCUAAAUGAUCCCCACAUGGGUGUUGUAACUGCAGCCACAUCUCUUAUAGAUGCUUUGGUAAAGAAAAAUCCAGAAGAAUACAAAGGGUGUGUUACCCUGGCAGUGGCUCGGCUCAGCCGCAUUGUGACUGCCAGUUACACUGACCUACAAGACUACACAUAUUACUUUGUACCUGCACCAUGGCUCUCUGUUAAACUUUUAAGAUUGUUACAAAAUUACACUCCACCCUCUGAGGAGCCUGGGGUUAGAGGUCGCCUUUCAGAAUGCCUAGAAACUAUCUUCAACAAGGCCCAGGAACCACCUAAGUCGAAAAAAGUCCAGCACUCAAAUGCCAAGAAUGCUGUUCUAUUUGAAGCUAUCAGUCUCAUCAUUCACAAUGACAGUGAGCCUAACUUGUUGGUGAGAGCAUGCAAUCAGCUGGGACAGUUUCUCAGCAACCGUGAAACUAAUUUACGUUACCUGGCAUUGGAAUCCAUGUGCCAUCUUGCAACUUCUGAAUUCUCACAUGAGGCAGUAAAGAAACACCAAGAAGUUGUCAUUCUUUCAAUGAAAAUGGAAAAAGAUGUCUCAGUUAGGCAGCAGGCUGUUGAUUUAUUGUAUGCUAUGUGUGACAAAACAAACGCCGAAGAGAUUGUACAAGAAAUGUUGGCAUACUUGGAGACUGCCGAUUACUCUAUUAGGGAAGAGAUGGUACUGAAAGUUGCCAUAUUAGCAGAAAAGUAUGCAACUGAUUUUACUUGGUAUGUUGAUGUGAUUCUUAAUCUUAUAAGAAUUGCUGGAGACUAUGUAUCUGAAGAGGUAUGGUACAGAGUAAUUCAGAUUGUCAUCAACAGAGAGGAAGUUCAAGGUUAUGCAGCUAAGACCGUGUUUGAAGCCCUACAGGCACCCACAUGCCAUGAAAACAUGGUUAAAGUAGGAGGUUACAUUCUUGGUGAAUUUGGUAAUCUGAUUGCUGGUGAUACACGGUCUUCACCAUUGGUUCAAUUUGAAUUGCUCCACUCAAAAUAUCAUCUGUGUUCUGCUGCUACUAGAGCUCUAUUACUUUCUACGUACAUCAAACUUGUCAACCUGUUCCCUGAGAUCAAAAAUCGUGUCCAAGAAGUAUUCAGAGCUGACUCCAACCUACGGUCUGCAGAUGUUGAGCUACAACAACGAGCAUCUGAAUAUUUGCAACUGAGUAUAGUGGCUAGUUCAGAUGUAUUGGCUACAGUAUUGGAAGAGAUGCCUGCAUUCCCUGAAAGAGAAUCUUCUAUCUUAGCAGUGCUCAAAAAGAAAAAGCCAGGUCGUAUUCCUGAUACUUCUGAUAUGAGAGAAUCUAAGAGCCCUCAACCUACAUCAGCAGCUGCACCAGCUGUCAACUCGACAAACAAUACUAGUGCAUCAAGUGCUGACCUCCUGGGAUUGUCCACACCACCUGGUUCAGCUGUUCCAACUGCAGGCAAUGGAUUGCUAGAUGUCCUUGGAGAUCUCUACACCACUCCUAAAAUUAGUCCAAGCAAUGCUGCACAAAAUAAUAUCAAAAAAUUCUUAUUUAAAAAUAAUGGUGUUCUCUUUGAGAAUGAAUUGAUUCAAAUUGGAGUCAAAAGUGAAUUUAGACAGAAUCUAGGCAGAAUUGGCCUGUUUUAUGGCAACAAGACACAAUUUCCAAUUCAAAGUGUCAAUCCUGAACUGCACUGGACUGAUAUGCAUAAAUUAAAUGUUCAGAUGAAGCCUAUGGAACCAGUUUUGGAGGCAGGAGCUCAGAUCCAACAAAUGUUAACUGCAGAGUGCAUCGAAGACUAUCUGGACACUCCAAGCAUGUCUGUUUCCUUUAUCUACAACAAUGUGCCACAAAAAAUUACAAUGAAGCUUCCUUUGACAUUGAACAAAUUCUUUGAACCUACAGAGAUGAAUGGUGAAUCUUUCUUCGCAAGGUGGAAGAAUUUGGGAGGAGAGCAGCAAAGAGCACAAAAAAUCUUUAAGGCUCAAGGGGCAAUUGAUAUUGCAGCUACCCGCACCAAACUGGCCGGCUUUGGGAUGCAACUGCUGGAUGGCAUUGACCCCAACCCUGAUAAUUUUGUAUGUGCUGGCAUUGUGCAUACCAGAGUCCAACAAGUAGGAUGUCUCAUGAGAUUGGAACCUAAUAAGCAAGCUCAAAUGUUUAGACUUACAGUAAGAUCUAGCAAGGAGACAGUCUCACAAGAAAUUUGCGACUUACUUGCAGACCAGUUUUAAUAAUAAUUAAAAUAAAUUAACAAAUAUGAACAACAUUGUUAAUAGCAAUGUUAAUUGCUGUUAGGUUCACAGCUGCAGAAAAUACACAAAUGCUAUAUGUUACAUGAAGCAUGUUAAAAAGUCACUUGUGAACAUUGCACUGAUUCAGUAGGAAUUUGUAAUAUCU